AUGGCUUUCGAUCCGAAGGAUUUUCCAGGCCUUCCUGGCUCCUCCGCUCCUCCCGUUUUAGGGCUUUCUUACGCUGAAACAACUGCCUCCCCGACAGCCAUUCCUGAGCCUUUCCCGGUAAUUUUUUACCCGCCAAAACCUAAGCUCUCUUUUCGCGGGGAUGAUCUUUCUGAGGGUUCUUCGCUUUGGACCUUCUCGCUGGUCGGAUACUCUCUGGGCCAGCGUCCUUACUACGAGCGGCUUUUAACGGCUAUGAGAAAGGUUUGGCCUUUAAAAGGUGCGAUCUCUCUGUUAUCGCUUGCUGAUGGCUUUUUUAUCAUUAAAUUUUCAUCCCAAGAGGAUUAUGAUGCUGUUUGGUCUGGUGGGCCUUGGUUUUUACUUGGGAAACCAUUCAUUUUGCAAAAAUGGUCUCCCAAGUUUAAGCCAAAGAGGGAUGAGAAUGCUUCCAUUCCCAUUUGGAUAAAGAUAGUUGAUUUUCCUUUGGCUCUAUGGACCCCUACUGGAAUUUCAAAGAUAGCAAGCUAUAUUGGUAUACCAUUGACUGUUGAUUCUCUUACUGCUAAGAGAUCUCGUCUUACUUUUGCACGUGUUUGCGUUCUUAUUUCCAAAGAUUCGCCCCUUCCUGAGGAAAUCCCGUUGGAAAUUGACGGUGAAGACUUAAAUCUCAGAGUGGUUUACGACUGGAAACCCACUCCUUGUGAAGGAUGUCGUUCCCUUGUUCAUCCUUACUCUCUCUGCCCAAAGAAUCCGAACCCCCCCAAACCCGCUAUCCUUCCUCCACGUCCUCGUGGGAGAAGCUCCAGCCGUCCUCCUCGUCCCAAUUCAAGGAAUAAUUCCAAACCUCCUUCGCAACCGCCACUCCUUGAACUCCCUCUUUCUACAAACCCACAAAACAACAUUAUUGCUGAUACCAACCCCUCUGUUCAGCAAACCCAACCUGAAUGCCAAGCCAAUUUUUGUACCACUUCCGACCACAUUGAGGACCCCACUCACACUGUUACCAAUAAAGAUAAGUCAAUCAUCAUCCCCAAUCUCAACUCACCAAAUGAAGACUCCGCUCUGGAAGCUUCUUCUUCCACUGAAACUCCUUUGAUCCCUAACAUUCUCAUUGGUUCAUCCACUUUGAACCUUACCACCUCUAACAAAUUCAAAGCCCUACUUGAGGAAGACCCCCCCACUUCCUCUCCCACUGAAUUGGAUUUCAUCCCGCCAGUUUCUGAGAACCCUAACCUUAAUAUCCCUUCUCCGACUUCCUCAUCCACUAAAUCCUCAAAUCCUCCUUCUACAAAAUCGAAUACCAAAUCUACCCAAUCCUCCCCUCCUUCUAAGAAUACUAGAGGGAAAUCCACCAAAAAAGCCAAAAAUUCAAAAUCUAAAUCCUAA